AUGGCAGACCUGACAUGCACACUUGCUGGAAGCACGGGCUUGGUUGGCGGCAACAUCUACUCGAUCCUCUCGUCGCACCCCUCGGUCUCGAGCCUCUAUGCAUACGCCCGCAAGGACCUUCCCACCACCUCUGCAAAAGUCCACCCACUCAUCUCGUCUGACUCAUCCACCUGGGCCUCGCUGUAUCCCCAAGCUUCAUCCAUCUUCUUCUCCGCUCUAGGAACAACCCGUGCUGCUGCCGGAGGCGUAGCAAACCAGCGCAAGAUCGACCAUGACUUGAAUCUCGACCUCGCAAAGGAAGCCAAGGCCAAGGGCGCAACAACCUACGUUUUGAUCUCGUCAGGAGGCGCCAAUGCGACAAGCUUUCUCGCAUACCCCAAGAUGAAGGGUGAAUUGGAAGAGGCCGUCAAGCAGCUUGGUUUUGAACACACUGUAAUCCUCCGUCCUGGCUUGAUCGUCGGCGAGAGAAACGACUCGAGACCUCCCGAAUUCGCUGUUCGCAAGAUCGCCUCCCUAGCCGGCAAGAUCAGCGAGCCCUGGCUCAAGGACUUUUGGGCUCAGGACGCCGAUGUCAUUGCAAAGGCUGCUAUAUCUGCUGCUUUGCAAUGUCAAGAGGGCAAAGUCCAGCAGAAGGUCUGGCUUCUUGGUCAGAGCGACAUCGUCCGCCUGGGCAAAACCGAGUGGAACCGCUCCUGA